AUGCAAUUCCACAUAAACGAGGUGCAUAAUCUGAUCCCAAUCUACUUGUUGUCUUCUACAGUGCUUCUAACAAUUUCAUGUCUCAUUACCUUAUUCGUUCCUUAUGAUAUAUGCACAGUGAUUCCCGCAUUGACCACAUACGGAAAAUCAAGUGAUCAGUUGGAAACCUACAAGUUUAUCAGUAUGAUCUCAGUUCCAAAACGAUGGUUCCGCCAUUUCUACGCUCUCGGCACAUUCACACUACUUCUCAGCCUUCAUAUCCUUUAUACAACUUUCAUAGGCACGAUUGAAUAUUCAAAAGAUCUCAGAACGUUUUUGAUAAUGCUCACGCGGCCGCAAUCAAUCCCAUCAAUUUCCUUCACAACAUGCUGCCUGGCGAUCGGUUUACUCACCGUGCACGUCAUCCGCCGAUUCUACGAGACUGUCGCCGUCAGCGUCUACUCCGACAGUCGAAUGAACAUCUUCCAUUAUGCUGUCGGCCUCAUUCACUACACAAUCCUUCCAUUUUCGAUUCUAUGCGAAACCGAGGGUCUCGCAACGAAUAAGAAAGACUUGAAAGUGUCUAUCGAAGAUAUCACAACGUACCAGUGGAUUGGCGCAGUUUUGUUCAUAAUUUGCAAUAUUCAGCAGCACGAGAUCGCCGAGAAAAUUGCGAAUACCAGAAAAGGGCCGAGAGGUCUUAUUAGGAAUUAUGCGUAUGGAAUUUGUUUUGGCGGCUGGUUCAACUAUGUCUCAUGUCCGCAUUUCUUCUUCGAGAUUCUCAUCUACUUGUCAUUGUAUUUCGUGGUCCCGACAGGAUUCGCUUAUAAGUUUGUGCUCUUGUUCGUCUUCAUCAACCAAAUCUUCGCCGCCGAGAUCACGCAUCGCUGGUAUCAGCGGACAUUUCCGAAAUACCCGCCCAAUCGCAAAUCGAUCAUUCCAUUCAUUCUCUAG